ACGACCCACUCACCACACCACACCACACUUAUCUGCAGAGUGAGCCGCCGCAGCAGCGCCCGCUCGCAGACACGCUAUCCACCUCCAACCACGCCGGCGGCCACACGCACAGACGCACUUGCGCCGGAGCUCAGGUGAGGCGAACGUUCCAAUGGCGGCCGCGCCGACGGGGGUAGCGUGCCCGGUCUACCCGUGGCCGAGCGACGCGGCGCAGCGCGGGGCCAAGGUGUUCAUGCAGAGCGACUGCGCGGCGUGCCACUCCGCGCUCCCCUACGCCGGCCUCCGGGGAGCCGCGGUGCCGGGCCAGGACGCGGUGGCCAGGACGGCCGAGAUCCUCGUCGCCGAGGAGGCGCGGCCGGCCGGGAUGACGACGACGCCGCUCCAUGGCGGCGCCGCCGCGCAGACGCCGGACCUCGCCACCGUCGCCACAAGAAUCCAGGGCGGGCUGCGGUGCAACCUCUACUCCGCCGGGACGGCGGCGACGCCCGUUAGGGCGAUGCUCGCCGGCGGCGCCGCGGCGUGCCAGGAGCUCAAGAAGAGCCCCGUCUGGCUGCAGUUUGCCCAGGCUUUCCAGGCGGCUUGACGGGAUGGACCCAUCUUCAGUGACACGACCUGCUAUGCCCAAGCUUGCCUCAUCUCUGUGUCCAAGAUGUAUGUCUGUAACAUAUGUAUAAAUCACAUCACAUUGCACCUUGUGCUGGAUCAAGUAGCAUCGAAAUAAAGCACUCCUGUGCAGCCGUUCCAAGUUAAAUUCAA